AUGGAUGUGGGUCAAAUUAUUCUUGGAAGGCCCUGGCUGUUUGAUAAUGAUGUUCAUAUCUUCGGACGAUCCAACAUGCUAUUAUUCGAGCAUGACGGGAAAAAGGUCAAGAUCCUUCUGGUUCAACCGAAAGGUAGUGACAAGAAGCCCGAUCCAGACAAAUCUUCCCGAGGUGUUAACCUGAUUGGGGCUAAAGAAAUCGAUCAUGAACUGGCCAAUGGAGCUCCCGUAUUCGCCCUCGCUGCUCGAGAAGCCCCUAAAGAUGUUGUUGACGUGGUCCCUCCAGAAGUCGCUCCUGUGUUGGAAGAAUUCGCUGAUGUCUUCCCUGAGGAUCUCCCGGACCAAUUACCCCCGAUGCGUGAUAUCCAACACGCAAUUGAUUUAGUCCCGGGAGCAACUCUUCCCAAUUUGCCUCACUACAGAAUGAACCCCAAUGAGCACGCAGAGCUGAAGAGACAAGUUGAUGAACUGCUGAAGAAGAGCUUUGUCAAAGAAAGCAUGAGUCCCUGUGCGGUCCCCGCAUUACUGACGCCAAAGAAAGACGGAACAUGA